AUGGUAGAUACCAAAAACAGCCGACCCACGGGAGGCGAUGCGCAUACCAGCAACACUUCUACGGAGCCAACUCCGCCGAAGGCGACGCCCGACACGCCAUCGGCAUCGUGGCUGGACACGGCGCAGUACUACUGGAAAUACGGCAUGGACGACCAACGGUUGCAGCGACUACAGCAGUGUCGGAUACUGGAGCGAACCCUCCAGGCUUGUCGCGAUCGCAACGUAUCGCGGCCCUCGCUGGAGGAAUUUCCCGGCGGCAUUCGCAUGAUCCGUUACUUUGAUUGGCGUGGCUACGAGGGCGAUGACUCGUGUCAACGCGAGCUGCACUCGGUGUGGGCGUGCCGCGGCGUGGGUCUACAGUGUGGUAGCGACGUCGUCAAACUCCGGCAUUGCUUCCAGGAAGUGGGCUCGGAUGCUGUUUUGAGAGACGUGGACGAGUCGGCUGGCAAUGCAUACGAAACAUUGAACGAGCGAGCGGUUUGUGGCGAGUGGCAAUACCAGGUGGGUCAGUGUGUGGCGCGAAACGCGGCAGAGCUGGAAGCACGGCAGCGCCUGCGGAACAGUGCCAGCGAUACGGCAUGA